ACACACACACACAGACAGAGACACGGGCGAUGCGGUAGGAGGGGGAGCCUGCCUGCGGGAUGGUGGCGAGCUGCUCCAAGAGGAAAAGCCCAGGCUGUGAGCCCCCGGCGGAGGAUAUUAAUUAUUGGGAUCACGAGAUAGCUGCAAACAAUGUAAAUGAGGAAGAGCAAACAUGUCUGUACUUGACUAAGCUCUUUGAGAAUUCCCUGUCCAGAGCCAAGAAGACAAAGCUUAACUGCUCUGAAGUAUUAGUCCCAGAAACAUUGAUCAGGAAGAUAGCCCAGGACGUGUUGUGCCUGUCCUCCAGUGAACCCUGUGGUCUACGUGGCUCCAUCAUUUACAUCAAUGUGGAAACUGGGAACACGUGUAAGAAGCUGGAUCGGAUUGUUUACGAUUCAAGUGUGGUCCCGACAUUUGAAUUGACGUUAAUCUUCAGGCAGGAUGGCAGCUCCUGGCCAAGCCUCAGUGACUUCUUUUUUAUUGGUACCUGUUUUACAGCUGGCUUCAGGCAAGCACUGAAACUGAGCCCUGGGUUUUGCUUGAUAAAGAAGAAGCUAUAUUCCUCCUCAGCCCGGACAGUUAUAGAGUGUUAGCUCACUUGAGUUUUAACAGCAAGUACCCUUGGUGCUGCAGUUCACUCAUUCUGCUGGCAUCUCUGUUGUGUGGAUAUUAAUGCUCUUGAUUUUGACCCAUCUCCAGCAUUGCCUGGGAAAAUUCAUUAUCUAGUUAACAAUGUGACUUCCUUCAUAUGUAUUCUUGUAUAGAAAUUGCAUUAAUGUAGCACCUUUUGUACUGUCUAUAUCCCCAAGAACUUGCCAGUGAGUGGAAUCUGAUAUUGGCUUAGUAGCAGGAAAUGUGGCAAUGAAUCUUUAUUCAGUAAAAUCAUGAGAUGAAUAACUCCAAUCUGAAGUGGACAUGAGGGAAAUGAAUCUCGAGUCAGACAGACCGGUGUCUGUCCUCGAUCAUUCGUCACUGAAACGAUGAGAAAGCUUGUUGGUCAUGUAUUGCUGUGUGAUUAUUACAGCUACCCCUCAGACUGCAAGAACCCUGUUUUACCAUAUCCCAAACAAAGAAGAGAUGGUAUCUUGAACAAUGCAGGCUUCGUUUUGGACUAAACUGGAGUUAAAUGGGGUUUGAACCGACUUGAGACUGAUCCAAGCUGCUGAUAGAUUCUCAAACUUGCUGAUCGGAGUGGAACUAUUAGUCCAGCCUUGCCCAAGGGUUGAUGAUUGAGUAACUGUUGACUGAAAUCCCUAAGUAUCCUUCCAACCUUUCUAAUUACUAGAAAAUUCUCGUUAUUUUCAAAACUUAAAUGCUUUCAAGUGUCUAUACCAGGAACAAGCUGGUCUCUUUGAAGGGGCAGUGCUGGAGGUUAUAUAUUCAGAAAUGAAACAAGCUGUUUUACCAAACUGAAGAGACUUGCUAGGGUUUUACAAAAUCUAAUACUUUUGAUAUCAUGGAGCCUGAUGAGAUGGGUAGAUGUGACAAACUAUUUAUAUGCCAGGUUUCGGGAUGAGUCAUGUGGAGAGCUGGUUUGGAAACCUCAACCACAUGUUUGCCACUUGCACUUUUGUGACAUCGAUUUGCACUUUUUUUUGGUCGAACUUGCACUACAAUUGUGGGAGUUCACAGUUUAGUUUGCCAGUGCUCUCCAAACUGCUUUGACAGUUGUAUAGGAUUUGGACAAAUAAUUACUCACUACACUGUUUGAAGGUUUCAAUCUUUACCCUGUGUAAUAAAUUAAUGCAGUCAGCAUUAAAAGAAAAUGCUCCUUUUAAAGAAAUUUGUUAAAUUUGUUGGACAAUAAAUGAAUUUUGUAAUCUGA